AUGGGGGCAACCUGGCAAGACUCUCUGCUGAGGUGGUAUCAGCCCAUGACCCCAUCUCAGACCCACAGCGGCCAGAGCAGCGAGGAGCUGUGCGCUGCCCCCUGCUCGGAGGCAAACCCUGAUUUCCUGGCUCCCUGGCAGGAGAAGGACCUGCACUCAGGCCUCAUCGGGCCACUGAUCAUCUGCAACCACGGAGUGCUGAGCUACGUUUCCAGGAGGCAGCUGGCUGUGCAGGAGUUCUCCCUGCUCUUCACCAUCUUUGACGAGACCAAAAGCUGGUACUUCCCGGAGAACGUGGGCAGAAACUGCCGCCCUCCCUGCCGGCUCCAGCAGGACAGCCCUGACUUUAAGAGAAACCAUUCCUUCCACGCCAUCAACGGCUACGUGAGUGACACCCUGCCUGGGCUGGUGAUGGCCCAGCAGCAGCGGGUCCGAUGGCACCUCCUGAACAUGGGCAGCACUGAGGACAUCCACUCUGUUCACUUCCACGGGCAGCUGUUCAACGUCAGGACUGGCCAGGAGUAUCGCAUGGGGGUCUACAACCUUUAUCCUGGUGUCUUUGGGACAGUGGAGAUGUGGCCCUCCCAUGCUGGGAUCUGGAGGGUGGAGUGCAAAGUGGGAGAGCACCAACAAGCUGGAAUGAGUGCCCUCUUCCUCGUGUACGACCUGAACUGCCGGAAUGCCCUGGGUAUGGCCUCAGGUGGCAUUGCAGACUCUCAGAUCACAGCCUCGGGGCAGUAUGGGCAGUGGGCUCCUUCCCUGGCCAGGCUGGACAACGCCGGCUCCAUCAACGCUUGGAGCACCGACCGCAGCAAUGCCUGGAUCCAGGUGGAUCUUUUGCAUCCCACCAUUAUUCACGGCAUAAAGACCCAAGGGGCCCGACAAAAGUUCUCCAGCUUCUACAUCUCCCAGUUUGUUGUGUUCUACAGCCUUGACGGGCGAAGGUGGAAGACAUACAAGGGGAAUGCCACGAGCACACAGAUGCUCUUCUUUGGAAACGUGGAUGCAAGUGGAGUGAAAGAAAACCAUUUCAAGCCCCCGAUCGUAGCCCGGCACAUCCGCAUCCACCCCACCCACUACAACAUCCGAGCCACGCUGCGCAUGGAGCUCCUGGGCUGCGACCUCAACAGCUGCUCCAUGCCCUUAGGAAUGGAGAACAGAGGGAUUCCUGAUGAGCACAUCUCCGCGUCCUCCCACAGCGCCAACGUCUUCUCCAGAUGGGCACCUGCCCUGGCCCGCCUGAACCUGCAGGGCAGGACCAACGCCUGGAGGCCAAAGAGCAACAGCCCCAGAGAGUGGCUGCAGGUGGACUUCGAAGUAACCAAGAAGGUGACUGCAAUCAUAACCCAAGGUGCCAAAGCUCUCUUCACCCAGAUGUUUGUGAAGGAGUUUGCUGUCUCCAUCAGCCAGGAUGGCGUGCACUGGAGCCCAGUCCUGCAAAGUGGCAUGGAGAAGAUUUUCAAGGCCAACCAAGACCAUCAGAGCACAGUGACAAAUACCCUGGAGCCCCCUCUCUUUGCCCGCUAUGUGAGGAUACACCCCCGCCAGUGGCACAACCACAUUGCCCUGCGAAUAGAGUUCCUUGGCUGCGACACUCAGCAGGAGUACUGAUGGCUGCAGGGCCAGGGAGAGGCACUGCCAGCCCAAGGACACACAUUCCACCCGACACUGAGCCCUCCCCAAGGUUGGAGCCUUCCCUCCAGGGGCCUGGCUGCCCCUGCUGCUGGGGAAGAGAAGGGCUGCAGAGCUUUGCAGUGGCUGGGUCGUUAUCUGCCUCUUCCUGUGUCUACCAGAUGUCAUAUACCCAGAUGUAA